AUGUCGGUGUCCCAGAUCACGCCCACGCUGUUCCUGAGCGGCGCCGAUGGCCCCCUGAACGCAGUGCUGGUGUCUCAGAAAGGAAUCACGCUGAUCGUCAACGCCACGCUGAGCCACGCCAGCCCCGCCUACCCGGGGGUGGAGUGCGUGCGGGUGCCGGUGCCAGAUCUGCCUAGCGCGCGCCUCGGGGACCACUUCGACCGGGUGGCUGAACGUAUCCACGCCAACCGUGCGGGAGGCACGCUGGUGCACUGCGCCGCCGGGAUGAGCCGCUCUCCAGCGCUGGUGAUGGCGUACCUGAUGCGUUACCGUGCCGUGACGCUGUGCCAGGCGCACCGUUGGGUGCAGGACAGCCGGCCCUACGUCAGGCUGAACGCCGGCUUCUGGGACCAGCUGCUGCAGUACGAGCGCCGACUGUACGGGAAGAACACCGUCAAGGUGGCCGCACCCGAAGAGACGCCGCCGCGGACACCGAGGUUAACGAGGUUAACGAGGUUAGCUCCACAGCAGCCCAAUAACUGGCUUACGACGGUACCCAGGUCACCACUGAUGACAUCAUCACUGAUGACAUCACCACUGAUGACAUCACCACUGAUGACACGAUCACCACUGAUGAAACGAUCGCAGCGGAUGACAUCAUCAAACAGAUUCAGGAGGGGAACCAGAGUCUGA